CGAAAGGGGCACGAUUUCACCAAUAACUAUUUUUUAGAUAUGAAGACCCUCUUCAAAAUAUUUUUUGCUCAUCCGCGUCAUGAAAUCCUACCAAUUAUUGAGAAACAAGACGAAUUCUAUCCAUUUGAAGAAAAGCUUAAAAAUUUGUAUUUGAACAAAAAGUCUAAAAAGGAAACUGAACUGAAGAAAUACGAGGAGAUUAUGAGUAACUCAACCAAAAUUUUAUUAAACCAUAUUAACCUAAAAAAGAUGAAAGUGGAUGAUAGCAUGAAACAAGUCUAUGAUUUACUUUUGAAGAGGAUUGAUGCAUUCAGUGGCAGACGUCUUCUAAAUGAUGAUUAUUAUAGCUAUUUCAAAACAGUAUGCGAUUUGACUAAACAACCAGUUCUCAAUGAAGAAAAUUUCGAUAGAUUGAUUACAAUUAUUGAGAAUCUUCUGAUACUUUUUGAAUUUAAAUCAGCUUAUGCGGUUGAAUUUGGACAAAAAUUGCGCGAAACGGAUACUAAAACGCAAAAAUGUUUGAAAAAUCUGAUAAAUUUGAAAUUGGAGAAUGAAGGACGAACAUAUAAAGGAUUGAACUCUACUCUGCGCUCAAAUGAUGGUGAAGAAAUGCCAGCAAAUCAAGAUGCACGGCUAAAAAUAAUGUUAACUAAGCAGGGUUAUUUUAAAAAAUUGAGGGAGAUAAUGGAAAUUGCUAUGCUUAUGGAGGGGGAACAUGAAUAUUCUUAUUGGUUACAAAAAGAACUUCAAGCAGUACAUAAAAAAGGAAAUAUUACUGGAGUUAUCAAAUUUCUAUUCCUCCAUAUUGAUAAGGAUAUGGGCAAAAUUAUGGAGCUUUAUAAAAAAGAUGAGUUAGAAAAAGAUUUGAAAAUGUUUGAAAAUCGUUUCUAUGGAGUUAAUAAUUUUCUUAUGGCUUACAAGCAAAUUUUGAGUCAAAUUCAAGAUGAAAGCAAAAACUGCUAUACUGUAACUGAAAAGGAGCAUAAAUUGUUGAGCGAAUUGGAAACUUUGGAAUUGAAAGAUGAUGCAAAAUACUCCCGGAUAUAUAAAUUGCUGCUAGAAUUGAUCAAUACAAUAUUGAAAAAAUACAAUGGAAAUUUUCCUGAAAUUCCGGUAGAGGAUAGCGAAGAACUCGAUUUAAGAGAGGAGGUGGUAACACCAAAUAAAGAAGCAGAACUUGGAGACUUAAUUAGAAGUUUGAUCGAAAAAUAUUUGUAUAAUGUAAAUUUAUCGGACCUGAAUUUUCGAGGUCUUUUUAGCGAGUUAAGAACAAAUUUGGUUAGUGAAGAAGAAAAGGAAAACAUAUUGAAAGAAGCUAACGGAUAUAGAAAACUUGAACAUAAAAAGGAGGUUGAUAUAUUUAAAAGAACGAAGAAAAUGAUCGAGUUUAUUGGAAAAGAAAUUGUAGAUUUUAAAAAGAAGUUGAAUGAUUUUAAAGAUGAACUGAUAAUACAAAAAGUGAAAAUCUCUGAAGACGAUAAAAUGUUUCAUGAUAAAAUUGAAAUAUUUCAAGCAGUAGUAGACAAACUUAUACAGAAAUAUUUAAGUCCUUUUAUCGAUAUAAUUAGUUUUGGAGAUAUUGGAAGGUUGAGUGAGACUAUAAUAAACGAUGAAUUUACGAAAAUGAAAAUGUUUAAUCAGCCAAUCUUGGAAAAUUCGAUUCAUUCAAUUCAUCAGGAAGGUGAAAUUAGCAAGGAAGCUGAAAUACAUGAAAUUGAACCCGAGAUACAUGUAGACAAUGGAGUUAGCAAUAGCGACAUUCCGACGCCUUUGCAAGCGGAGAUUCAAGACAACGAGUCAGUCAAUGGUGAUGAUUUUCCAGUUACGGUUUCUGAACAUGAAAAGGUAGUUUUUAGCCAUAUAGAAUUAAGAAAAAAACAUCGGGAAAUGGAUAUUACUGAACAGAGUAGGUGAUAAUUUUUGAAAAAAAUACAAUGAAACAUCGGAGUCUAAGAAAAUAGAAAGAAGUAUUUGGGGACUUAAAAUACAAUCGAAGGCCUUAAUCUCAUAUAUA